GCCGCUCGAGCGCACCCUAUAUUCAGUUCACGGCCGCUCUAUUACCGGACGUCUAUUUCGGCGCAUAAUAUUUCGAACGGUGCGGAGGAACGUUCAGUUUCGCGCGGGCAGGUGCGCGCGCCGAGGCCGAGAGAUGCGGCGAGGGACCCGCGCGCGCCCCUGACGCCGGCAUGGAGCGCCGCCGCCCCGCGCGCCUCGACCUCGCCGACUCCAUGACCAAGACCGUGCGCCGCCGGGACAAGCCGCGUGAGCGAUGGCUGCUUACGCGCAAGACCUGGAAGUACAUGUCCGAUGCCGGUCGACGGCUGAUCCCGGAUGGAGCACAGAAUCGUGCUGAGGAUGUUCCUCGUAUCGAAGCCUAUUUUCAGGAGGUUUGUCAGAGGGAGCCGCGCUUUUUACUGUGGCGGAAGAGCUCUUAUCCUGGCGUACUAGCGAGGCCACGCCGUAAAAAAAGAGCCCGCGGCGGUUCGGUGCGAGCACGCUCACCAUCCGAUGACGUACCUCCGCCACCCGCGAGACCCACCGAACUCUUUAUUCCGCACACAUCGGGUGGCCGCUUUGACUUAGCGAAGCUUAGGCGAGAUUUCUUCGCGGCGCCGCCGCCUUCUCCGCCCUCCUCUGGGUUUUCGUCAUCUAGUGCGAUAUUCAAUAAUGCAUUCAAAAAUACAUCUUCUCGUUCAGUGCGUUCAGAAGACGAUGAUGGAGUGUUAGUUGAUUUACUACGCAAGUACCUGAAAAUUGAGGACGAUAAAGGGCCGCCGCGGCUAUCCGAAUCCGAGGAACUUUUGCACGCGUUGCGAAAUUACCUCAAACGUCAGUCGGAGCGCGGGCCCACUGAGUCCGAUAGUGAUCCUGCACAGAGAAUACUGCACGAGAAUCUUGGAAGGUACUAUCAUCGUACAUCUAAUAGAGACAAUACAGUGCAAGAUUUGUUAAAUGAUAGGAAUUUGUUAAAAAAACUAUAUAAUGAUCUUCGUAAAACUAAGCCAUAUCGCGGGGGUAGAGGCGGUGGUGGGUCGCCCGGAUUUGGACCGUUCAGCGGGUUCAGUGCGACGAACUCGCGUUCUGUGUUUCGAGGUCGAGGUGUUGGUGGUUCGAGGUUCAAUGAUGAGGACUAUUUACAAACGCCACCGAUGUCUCCUCCGCCACUUAUUGAGGUUUUCGGUGAAUCGUUGGAAGAUAAACUUGUGGAUGUCGGUACGCAGACUCUUCCUAUUUCAGAAGAUGUUUUACAGGAGUUGGAACGCGCUUACAAGGAAAAAUUGGAAGCUGCUACGGUUCCUACUAGUCCGACGAGCCCGCCGCCGGAAAGGCGGCCGCGACGCCGAUCUAGCGUCGACCAUGACGAUGUCUCGCAGUCAGUAAGCGACACAAUCAAGCGAUACUUGAGAAUGGCGCGAAAAAAGAGUGUAGAUGCCGAAAAGACUGAUCGCUUCAAGCGUAUUAAUUACGACAAAAAUUUACGGAAUAUCAAACCUCGUCAGCCCGGAGACGUGGAUGAUGAUGGGCCUAACAAGGGCUGCCAAACAGAGGAAGGAUGGAUUUUGACGUACAGAGAUUUGCAAUUUGCUUCAGUGGCUUCGACACCUACUUCGCCACCGUCACCAUCUCAGUCACACUCGUUUUUGUCAACCCUAUUGGGUAGAAAUGCAACAACAGUGGCUCCCCCUGCAGGUGGCAUGCAGAAGUCGCGGUCUUCAAGCAGCGUUGUGCAGAGCGUCAGCAAGCGUCUGUGGCGCACCCGAAGCCGGUCUUCCAGUCGCGUUGCAGCCGCCUGGACUCCUCAGGGCAGUUGUUGCUGGGCAGACGGCAGUGGGCGGUGCGUUCGGCUGGCUGAUACAUCCCUGCUCACCCUCACCGAGGUUGAGAGACGCGCGCUGCAACAAGCAGCGCUAGCAAGGUUGCAGCAGCUCAACCUCGGAACCACUAUCAAGAUACCUGAAGAUAAUGCAGCAGCUGUCGCGACGAAGCCAAAGAGACGAGCGUACUUGCUCAAGAGGAAGGCGCUCACAACUGGUUUCUUCGACCAGAGCCGUACCAAGGACGCGGACAAGGAGAAAGAGUCUGCGGGCAGUGUGUUCGGCGUCCCGCUAUCGCAGUGUGUGGAAGCGGAGCGCGCGCUGCGCAGGCAGCACGGGGGCUCCAGGGCUUCCCUGGCGUCGUUAGGAGCACUCGAGAAAGGAGAUGAUAGCGAAUCGUGCGAUUCUGGAGAGUGGGGUUGGUCGGGGAUGGAAGAAAGCGGUGGUGGACCUAAAAUACCGGCGCUGGUGUCAGCAUGCUUAGCUCACCUACGAAGACAUGGUCUUCGUACCCUUGGUCUCUUCCGAGUGUCAGCCUCAAAGAAGAGGGUUAGACAGCUCCGCGAAGAGUGGGAGCGUGGUCAGGACACAACGCUCGACUCAGCGGUAUGUCCGCACGACGUGGCCACGCUGCUCAAAGAAUUCCUCCGGGAUCUCCCCGAUCCUUUGCUAUGCAGAGAUCUUUAUCCUGCAUUUCUGCAGACACAGAAAAUCCGUAAUCGUCGUAUCCAAUGGGAGGCUCUACGGCUGAUCGUGCAGCUGCUGCCGGCGGCUCAUCGCGACACCCUCAACGCUUUGCUCUCCUUCCUGUCACAACUCGCGGGACACGCGGAGGAUGACCAACAGCCGGGGAACAAGAUGGACGCCGCUAAUCUCGCUACUAUAUUCGCCCCGAAUAUAUUACAUAGAAACAAACCUAAUGAAACUGCCAGCGCAGAACAGUUAUCGGAGAGAGCAGAUGUGAUCAACGUGGUCCGUCAGCUCGUGGAGCGGCAGACGGAGCUGUGGACGUUACCGGCGGAGCUGCUGCACGAGGCUUACAUACACCUCGCGCACAGUGCGCCUGCGCAUUUAGACUCGCUCUUACUUAGGAGAGCCGAAUGUGCGUCAGAAUGUGUAUCCACGAACUCUGAGAGUGCGAAGCGGUUGUGGUCUCGCGAGAGCUUCCUGCACGCGGCAGCCAACACCGCCACUGCGCCCGCCACCAGAGGGGAGAGGGGUCGUCGUUCAAGAGCUGCGUCAGAUACAUCAUCUGCUUCUCUUGCUUCCAUCAUGCUUCUUACCAGGGUACGCAGCAGUGAAGAGCGGGCGAGUAGUGGCAUCGUCAGCUCUCCACCGCGAGAUUCCGCCCCGGACUCUAACGACUCGGCCAGUGACUAUAAUGAGACGGGCAACGUGUCGGAGGACGAGUGCGUGAUCACGGCGUCGCUGCACAUCCCCGCCGUGCGGCCGCGGCGCCGCUCCACGUCGGGCUCGUCGUCGUCCGCCAAGCGCGACUCGGCCGUGGGCUCGUCGGCGGCGUCGCCGUCGUCGGCCGCGUCGCCGUCGUCGGCGGCGUCGCACUCGGCGGCCGCGUCGCCGUCGCCCGCGUCCAGCGCGUCGCCGCCCGCGUCGCCGCCGCCGCGCCCCGAGCGCCGCCACGCCGACAUCGAGCGCCUCGUCGCCUUCGGCAGAGAACGCAACACAUCAGACGCCAGGGCGGUUGUCGUGAGACAACACGACGAAACCACGGUGUCGCGAACCACUCGGGUGUCUUCCAGACAAGAACACACUGUCCGACGAGAAGAAAUAGUCAGGAGAGACGAUCACAGCUCGAGAAGAGAUGACCAUAAUAGGGACGACUACAACGUCAGAAGAAAUGAUCACAAUACCAGAAGAGAUGAGCAAUCCGUCCGAAGAGGCGACCAAAUUGCUAGAAGAUCUGCAGAGGAUCAUACGAUUAAGAGAGAAGAGAAGAAAGAAGUGAUGCUUUACAAAAGAGGCGAGCUCAUAUCGAGUGCCCGGACGCCGCCCGCGUGACAGAUUGUAUACCUGCUUUUAUACAUAAACGUCUAUUUAUCAUGUCGUGUUUUAUUUAUAUAUUUAGUGAAAUAAAGUAUUUUUUACGACUA